AUGACGGGAAUGGCCAUGGAACGACAUCCGUUUGAUGCUCUCACGUGGCCAGAGUUCAAAGGGUUGCACGUUGUCGUUGAUGGUGGAUCGGAAUGCAUGCAGGGGGGAUUGUACAGCCACACAGGGAACAUCAUGGCGAACAUUCAAGCGGGUUCGGCUGUCAUCGUACAGCCGAGUGAGCUGAGCAUAGAUUGCUUUGGCGUGGGGGACAAGGUCAAAUUACAGCCUGCCCACCGUCGGGUGAUUGGCUGUUUGGUCGCGGUGGUGGCGACGUCAUCGCCCGUUGGGCUCAAGAAGUGGGGAUACGUGGUACACCACACAGGUUAG